UUUUAAUUUUGUCAACUAUCCAUAUGUAUUCAAUUAAUGUUUCGUAAGUAUUACAAGACGAAAAGCAGGUCAAAUUUACAGUUAGGUAAACACAAUGCAUAUUUUCUCAACACCGUAACGCAACAUUAUUGAUAUUUAAUUGCUUUAAUCAAAUUAAUUUAUGUAUUCAUGAUGCGUUACAAUAACUCUCGUCCAACAGAAGAAUGUCCCUUGACAAAAAAUAGAAGUUAUAAACAUAAGUUAAGUAUAUAUUGUGGAGAUGGAUUAAAAUUCAUUAUAAGCUGUUUUACCAUUUUGACUAUUUCUAUUACGACAACGUUAAUUUUACAAAUAUUUUACACGGAGAAACAUCCUCAGGAUUAUGCAGGAAUUCAUGGUGCAGUUGCAACCGAUUAUACAAAUUGCUCACAAAUUGGUACUAAAAUAUUAAGAAAAGGUGGGAAUGCAGUAGAUGCAGCUAUAGCAGCUACAGUUUGUAUGACGGUGGUAGCACCACAUAAAACAGGUCUUGGUGGGGGUGGCUAUAUCAUGAUAUAUAACCAUAAAGAGCAAACAAAUCCAGUUAUUAUUGAUUUUGCCAAUAAUACGAUCGGGGGUACUUUUGCGCAAAGUAAAAUGCGUAUACCAGCUGUAUUACAAGGAUUAAAAUAUGCACAUACCUUAGAAGGUAAACUAUCAUGGAGUGAAAUUAUCAUGCCUUCUGUAACUUUAGCUAAAGAAGGAUUUGUUGUAUCAAAGGAAUUGGCAACCGAAGUAUCAAAAAACGUUAAUUAUGAAAUUUUGUAUGGACACCUUAGUGCAGGGGAUAUAUUAAAAUUAGAUAUGCUUGGUGAUAUGUUAAAUGCUGUAGCAGAACAUGGCAUUAAUGUGUUGUACAAUGGAACUUUUUCACAAAAACUCCUACAUGACAAAGAUCAACUUUCAAAGUUGUUGACACAAUUAGCAAAUUAUAAACCUCUUGUAUAUGUAGCAAAGAAAUCGAGCUUCUAUAAGCAUGCAGUGUAUUAUCCUCCACACAUGUCAUUGUUAGAGUCAAUGAUUGUAUCUCUAAAAAAUCUUAAAAUAUCUACUGAAAAUGUAUCUGUAACAGAAACACAAAUUCGUGUAGCCGAAGCAUUGAUACAUUCUGUUUCGAUUCAGUCGCAAUUGAAACAACAUGCAGAGGAAGAAAAAUAUACUGGAGUCAUGGCAAUGGAUUGGAAAGAUACUUAUGUUUGUAUUAUAACUGGGCUUAGUGCGCCAUUUGGUCUUGGACACAUGUCAAAUGCUGGGUUCCUGUUAGAUAAGACUGAUACAAACAACAGUUUAACUAUGCUCGCGCCAAUCAUCUUUCAUAGUGAAAAAGCAUUAUGCGGUUUGCGAGGAAUAUUUGGAACGGAUGAUACAUUAAUUAUUGGACAGUUGUUAUAUAAUAUUAUAGUGCGCGAAUUAAAUGUUUCCGAAGCCAUUGAAUAUCCAAGGUACUAUUUCUUAUUAGAUGGGCUUGCUGUAGAAAGCGAUCAGAAACAUUCUGUAAGUGUUCUACUACGGAAUCAAUUAAAUACAAUGGUACCAACACUGUACGUAGAUACUGAUUUAGUAUUAAAAAGUGUAAAUGCUAUCAUAAAAAGAAAAGAUUUAAUGUCAAGUCAUUCGGAUAGCCGAGGAGGUGGUCUUGCAUCACGAUUUUAA